UUAUCGCUUGGGUUAAAGAGGUUAGUCUCGGAUGGUUUCGGGCAGUCUCGUACAAUUUCGGGAAAUCUCGGAUUGUUCGAGGUUUCAUACUACGAAGAUCCGUGGAAGUAACGACAGAAGAAAGUAGUUCCAAAAUGUUGUCGAGACUUGCCCUUCGUAAUGCUCAAAUAUUACCAGUAGCUAUUCGUGGUGUACAGGCGGUUGCAAUGUCGAAUGGCCCUCGACCUACACGUCUAGUAGAUCCACCUCCUGUCAGAUUUGGAUUUAUUCCUGAUGAAUGGUUUACUUUCUUUUAUUCAAAAACUGGAGUAACAGGACCUUAUAUGUUUGCUACUAGUGUAGCAACAUAUUUAAUUUCCAAAGAAAUAUAUGUCUUGGAACAUGAAUUUUAUAAUGCUAUUUCAUUUGUGAUUAUAUGGAUAAUUUUGGUUAAAAAAUUGGGGCCUCCUCUAUCUAAAUAUCUGGAAAAAGAACAAAAUGCUGAAAUUGAACAAUGGGAAGACAAUAGAAAGCAACAAAUUGACUUUGCUAAUGAACAGAUAAAAAAUAUAAAUGAAGCAGUAUGGAGAGCCGAAGGGCAAAGCCUCCUUAUAGAAGCUAAGAAAGAGAAUGUAAAAGUACAAUUGGAGGCUGUAUAUAGGGAGCGUCUUGCUCAAGUUUAUAAUAAUGUAAAGAAUCGUUUAGACUAUAAUGCUCAAAUACAGAUAAUAGAACGAAGAAUAGCUCAAAAACAUAUGGUACAGUGGAUUAUAAACAGCGUAUUAAAAGCAAUUACACCAGAACAAGAAAAAGCAACUCUUCAACAGUGCAUCAAAGAUCUUGAAGCACUUGCUUCAAAAGCAUAAGGGAUUAUUAUAAAUAUUAUAAAUAUGAAUAAAAUCCAUUAUGUCUGUAUGAAUGAAUAGAAAGAUUAGUAUGAGUCAUUCUAAAAUAGACAAUGAGCAUAUUACAAAUGUAUAAAAAACAAUGUCUUUAUUAAUUAAACAGCAUAAUUAUUAAAUUUUGAUGAGCUAAUAAAA